AUGGCCUCGCCCUCGGAGCCCUCGCCUCGAGCACCUCCUCGCGCUGGAGCCUCGACCACGCGCGUCGCGUCCUCGACCUCGCCGAGCCCAGGCCGAACCCCGGAGCGCGUCCUCGUCGGGCUUCAGCCACCGCCCCACCUCGUCGCCACGGAGGCCAGCCGCGACGCUGCCCGCGCCGCGUCGAGCCUCGCCCAGACGACCUCGACGACGAGCAGGAGCCCCGCGUCCACGCCACGGUCACCAGGAGCCCGCGACUCCGCACCCUCGCCACCACGUCACGGCAGCGACGCCGAGCUGCACGCGGCGUCCACGGCCUCGACCUCACCUUCGAGCCGAGCGCGACAUCGAGCCCGACGCGUCCCCGACCUCGCCGCGUACGCGCUCGACCGCGGCCAGGAACGCCUCGCCGUGCCGCGACGCUGCCCUCGCGACGCCAAGCUGACCACGACGCCUCUGUCCACGUCCUCGCCAUGGUCACCUCGUCGAGCUCUCGUCCGUGUGGUCACCGCGGCGAGCAGGAGCCCGAGCACCCCCACUUGGCGCCCCCACCACCCACGACGCCGAGCAGCACCUCCGCAAUGUCGUGCCCUGCUUCCACCGAGCCAAGUCCAGGAGCAGCGGCCAGCCUCAACGACGUCCGUGGCAUUGCUUGAACUAGUGACCGCGCGCGGCAUCACCGAGAGCCCCCUGCCCGACACCGAGACGUCGCGCCCCAGCUCCGAGCACGCCGCGGUCACCAUCGUGCCAGUCUGCCGCCUCGCCAAGCUCUUCUCUGCUACCGCCGGUGAGCCAUCAGUGCCCAAGUGCCCUCCUUGCUAG